AUGAGCCCGGACGCAGACGUGGCGAGCACGCUGGCGCAGCUGGGCCUGCACGUCGACCACGACGCCAUCACGGCCACGUACAACAACAGCCACUUCAAGGGCUUCUCGGGCGCCAUCACCGUCGACGAGAUCACGACGCUGAACGCCAUGGACGCCGUCGCCGCCGUCGGCGAGGUCAUCCCCAUCAAGCUCGAGGCCACGCGCGGCUCCGCGCCCUGGGGCCUGCAGCGCAUCUCGCAGGACCCGACCAUUUCGCGCGGCAGCAAGAGCGUCACCGCCCGCUCCUACACGUACACCUACUCGGACGCGGCGCUCGGCAGCGGCGUCACCGUCUACAUCAUCGACACGGGCGUCUAUGCCAGCCACCAGGAGUUUGGCGGCCGCGCGUCCAUCGGCUACACCUACUACAGCAACCAGAAGACGGAUGGCAACGGCCACGGCACGCACUGCGCCGGCACCAUCGGCGGCUCCACCGUCGGCAUCGCCUCCAAAGCCACCCUCGUCGGCGUCAAGGUGCUCGACAACUCGGGCUCUGGCACCUCCACUGGCCUCAUCGCCGGCUUCGACUACGUCGCGCAGCAGCACUCGCGCACAGGCGGCCCCUCGGUGGCCUCCUUGUCCCUGGGCUUCAACGGGCGGAGCACGGCCGUCGAAUCCGCACUCAAGAACCUCGUAGCCGCAGGCGUGCACGCCGCCGUAGCGGCAGGCAACGACGCGGCCGACGCAUGCGACACCUCCCCCGCUGCGCUCGGCGGCUCCAACAGCGACGUCAACACGGUCGGCGCCAGCAACAUCGACGACUCCGUCGCCUACUUCUCCAACAGCGGCGCCUGCGUCGACGUGUACGCGCCGGGCGAGGACGUCGUCUCCGCGUACAACACGGGCAGCAGCGCGUAUGCGUCUCUCUCCGGCACGAGCAUGGCGACGCCCCAUGUCGCGGGCUUGUUGGCGUAUUAUCUGGGUGGCAACCCCGGGUAUACGCCCAAGGCCCUCAAGGCCCUGCUGAAGAGCAGUGCUGUCCAGGGCGAGCUGGGCACCAGUGAUGCGCCCGGCUAUAUUCGCGGCGGGAGCCUCAUUAUCGCGAGUAAUGGGGGCGCUUAG